CCUGCAGCGAGCAUCGUGGUGACGCGAGCGCGCGCGCGCGCGCGCGCCUCGACGUCCCUCUGCCCGUUCGUUCGCGCUGCUUCGGAGCGCUUCUGCAGAGGGGCGGCUGCCUGCGGCGUGGCGCGUGGGGGGCAGCGCGUCGGUCUGGGCGUGGAUGAGGUGCGCGGCAGGCACAGGGGGCAGGGUCGGGCUGGGUCGGGCUGGGCCGGGACAUCACAGCGGCACGAGAGCGUUUUGACAAAGAAGAAGAAGAAAAGUGGGUGAGGAAAGCGAGGUAAUAAUGCGCCACGCUAGUCCGGCGCAGGCUCGCAGCACUAGUGGUGCCGCCGACGACACGCUGCUGUUCCGUUAGCGCUUCCUUCGCUCUUUUCCGCACUCCGCACGCGACGCACCUCGUUUCUUCCUCCUCGGUGAGUCUGUCUAUCAUAAUUCAGUUCAUCGCCUCUCGCGCCGCUAGUUAGGCUUUUGAGAUCAUCAUCAUCAUGUCAUCAUCAUCGCUGAGCGUGGAGGACGAGCAGCGGUGGAUGCCCACCCACGUCCAGGUGACAGUCCUUCGAGGUAGGGGCUUGCGGGCGAAGGGCAAGCACGGCACCAGCGACGUGUACACCAUCAUCCAGCUGGCCAAGGAGAAGUUCUCCACCUGCGUGGUGGAGAAGACCACGGCUCCCGAGUGGAAGGAGGAGUGCACCUUCGACCUACUGCCCGGCCUGCUGGAGGCGGACGGGCGGAGCGCCUACCCCCCGGGGAGCAGCGAUCUCGUGCUCACGGUGAUGCACCGGGCGCUCAUCGGGCUCGACGUGUUCCUCGGCGAAGCCAUCAUCCCGCUGGACAGAGUCUUCCGGGAGAAGAAAUCGGCCAAGAACGAGUGGUACAAGCUACACUCUAAAUCUGGCAAAAAGGAAAAGGAGCGAGGGGAAAUCCAGGUAGCGAUCCAGUUCACCCGUAACAACCUGACCGCCAGUAUGUACGACCUCUCCAUCAAGGACAAGCCGCGCUCCACGUUGGACAGGCUCAAGGACCGCAUGAAGGGCAAGAAGCGAGCGGAUGGUGAAUCGACCUCCGCCAUCCUGCCAGUGGGGUAUGGGGCCCUGUCACAAAUACGGGGGCGCCUGCCCAGUGACGGAGGUGGGGAGGAAGACUAUGAGGAUGAUGAGGGUGGUGAGGGCAGGCGGAACAAAAUGAGGAACUUCUUCCUCAGGGGCAAGCUUCGCAAGUCCUCUGACACUCGGUCCAGCACAUCGCUUGGCUCAGAGAGCAGUGAGUCAUCCUCACGAGGAGGCAGCCUGAGUCCCACGGCAGGCAUCAGCGUGGUUGUCUCCGACCUGUCCAAUUCCCCCAGCAACAGUAGCAACCUCACUGCGGACAACAGCCCUGAGCACACCACCAACCCUUCACCGAUGCUCAAGACCCACAAGCGGGCCUUCAGUGAUGAGGCUAGCCAGGUAACCUCUGUCGUGGCUCAGCCGCAUGCUGUCGAGAGCCUCAAGGGCCCGAGCGGGGCGCUCUCACAGUCCUCAAUGUGCAUCAACGGUAGCCACGUGUAUGAGGCUGAGGCCCCGGUCCGUGGCAGUUCCGUCACUCUGCCCGCUACGCUAGGCCUGCUGCAGAAGUGCUCGCCGCUUUCCCGCUCCCUGCAGAACCUCACUCGCCGCAGUGAGGACGGCCACAAGGAUGCUGCCGGCGAAGGUCGCCGCUGGUCCUUUGACAAAGCAGGGAAGGAUGAGAAGGCAGCCAUCGCUGCUGCCCUGGAGCAGGCCAGCAAAGGGCAUACUGGGAGCAGACCUGUACAGGUGGCCGUGCCAGUGGUCUCUGUGCUCGCAAAGACAGCGGCAGAGCAGAAGAAGCAUAAGAACAUGUUUUCACAUGGAGGCAGUGCCUUGGACCACGCAAAGGAGGAGCAGGGAGUAGCCGCGCGCCCUGAGGAUAAACAGAGGGGCUGGUUUGGCUCCAAGGAUUCCCAAAACAAGCCAAGUCCCCAUCCGGUUAAGCCGCUGACUACUGCAGCUGCUCCAGAGGAGAAGAAGGAGGGCCGUUCCGUCCUGGUCAGUGGCCUAGAGAAGCUGAAGUCCACCAUCCACCCUGGGCGGGGGAUUCAGCAAAGUGAGCCGGAGGCUGAGCGAAACAAGGCCCUGUGCGAGGGAGCCGCCACCUAUGAACACCUGACGCACAAUGAGCUCGUUUCUCUGCUGCUGCAGCGGGAGGCCGAGCUGCGGAGACAGGGCUGUGAAUUCGUAAGGCAGGGCGCGCUGCUGGAGAGCCGCGAGGCAGAGCUCAAGAACACAAAGCUGCUGGUGCGUGACCUGGAGGACUACAUAGACACCCUGCUGGUGCGCAUCAUGGAGCACACCCCCAACCUCCUGCACGUGCGGUCCAAGCUCAAGUGAUUUUUGCUGACCGGGGUGGGGCGGGGUGG